AUGAGGUGCACGGAGAAUACAGCAGCGUUAGAUUAUAGUUGGUUUAAAAACGACCAGCUACUCGACCAACCGGACGAUAAUCUGAUAAAAACUGACAACACUCUUACAUUUAAUGUGGUGACAAGAAAUGACAGAGCGCUGUACAAUUGUUGCCUCAGUAUAAUUACAGAAACUGUAUGCAGCGAUGCCAAAUUACUGGACGUUCUAUAUCUUCCAGACUAUCCCUGGCCCGAAUGUACAGUUGGUGUUGAGAGCGAAGAUUAUUACGAAGCUGGUGAAACCAUCGUUAUCACGUGUCACGCAACGGACGGCAACCCAGAGCCUGUGUUGACAUGGUUUAAUGGCAGUGAUCCAAUGGAUACAUGCGUCACGGAAUCAUUUGGUGUACCGACAGUUACCAAUAGUACAUGUUCAUGGGUAUUAGAAUCAACAGAUAAUGGUAGAAAAUAUAUAUGUCAUGGUAUUCAUAAUGCAACGGAAGUAAUCAACUCAUGUAACACGGGGUAUUUGGAUGUGAAAUAUCCUCCUGAUUAUCCUACGUGCAACAUGUCCGUCGAGUCAAGUGCGCUUGUUGAAGGGAACAAUACUAUGAUCACAUGUGAAUCACUUGAUGGGAAUCCUGCGGCAACGCUACUAUGGAUCAACACUACAGAUAAUACAGUAUUGAAUGCGAUUACCCUCGAACCCAGUGACACUGAAAGUAGAGCAGUAUAUUCAUGGACGCUGAGUAGAGCCGACAAUGCGGCCAUAUACAGAUGUAAUGCCACGAACCUGGUCCAAGAAGAACCUCUUACUUGUGAAAUUGACACACUCAACGUUACGUUCAGUGCGGAAUACGUUAGAAUAAGCAAUCCAGGAACUUUGUUAGAAGAAGGAGACAUCACGUAUUUGACUUGUGAAACCGGAAGUAGUAACCCGAUUUCUUCAGUGAAUUGGUUCCGCAAUAACACGUUAAUAGAAGACAGUGAAAAUGAACGUGUCGUGAACGUGAAGCAUUCCAGUGGUGAUUAUAACGGAUUUAAAACUACAGAACAACUAGAAAUUUGUUUGACUGCUAAACACAAUGCCGCAUUUUUUCAGUGUAAAGCGUGUGUAGAUGUUGUCGGGGACAUAGUAGAGUCAAACAACAUCAACCUGAACGUUAGUUUUCCGCCAGUGGAACCUAAUGGCUGUAAAACAUGUAUCAGUGGAAAUGACGGUCCUGUAAUUGAAGGCGACAUAUUGACGCUGACAUGCACCACGUGUAGCAGUAAUCCUGCGUCAACGAUCACGUGGUACAGAAAUAGAUCACCAACGGACGAAUAUGUGGGAGCACCGGAACAGUCUCCUGGCGCAUACUAUGGCACGGUGACGUCACAAAAAUUGCGAUACAAUGUUACCCGUAUGGACCACGAUGACGUGUUUCAGUGUGAAGCCGUUUACAACAACAGUUCAAUGAAUCAGUAUGGAUCUGAUCACGUGAUAGUCGAUGUACACUAUUCUCCAUUUGUGAUGAACAGACUCCAAAACAGUCACGUGUACGCCGAUGAAGAUGAGACUGCUGAGUUAACGUGUGAAAUAAACAGUAACCCGACAGUGGAUAUAACGUGGUUGGACAGUGUCGGUGAACCCAUUAGUAAUACCUCCAGGACACGUAUUGUGACGUCGAUCGUUGACGUCAACACGACCAGCAUUUUGACAAUAUAUGAUGUAAUCGACUCAGACUACGGGACCUAUACGUGCAAUGCGAGCAAUUAUAUCGGUAGCGUCACCCACGACAUUGACCUGAGAGACCCAAGUGAAAGUUUAUCGAACAAUGUUGGUUCAUCCAAGGCCAAGAAUUGGGAAAUACCUUUGAAAUCAAUAUCCUUUAUAGAAGAUUUAUCGAGUUGUAGAAUUACGUACCUUCGAAGGGCAGAGGUCAAGUUCAACAAACGAAACAUUAAUGCUGUAGUUAAAAUGUUAAAAGACACGGAACAUUGUACUGGCAGGAAACAUCUGAUGGCUGAAAUUUGUAUUUUGAAAGAACUUGAUCAUGUGAAUUGUGUUGUACGAGCACUUUCUGCAACAAAUAUUCAGAUAGGAGAUGAUAAAGUUUGCAAAAUUGCUGAGUUGGGAUAUUCAACUUCUGUAAUGACGUCAGAUGAGUUUGAAAGCAUUGAAAGUGUGAAAUGCCAUACCCAUAGGAUGAAAGAUAAUGAUAUAGUACACGAAAUCCAAGACGGUUAUCGAAUGCAGAAGCCUAGGCAUUGUCAUGUUAAAAUAUACACGUUGAUGUAUCAAUGCUGGGAACAAGACCCAUCAUCAAGACCUUCUUAUGCACAAAUAAUAAAUACACUGGAAAACGUCAGUGGAUCCAAUUCAGACAACGAUGAAGAAGAAGAUCCUGUGUAUGUAAAUAUAGUUGGGAAUUCCCUGCAAAAUAUAUGCUGA